AGAAAGAUGGAUGCUAGACUGGCCAACACCUGGCGCUUGACAUUGAAUGAGAAGAAUUUUAUCAAAACAGCUUUACUUUCUGAAAUAAGAAUAGAUGGUCGAAAACCCUUUGAAUUUCGUAAUAUCAGCAUCAACUUUGGCAGAGAAGAUGGGUCUGCAGAGGUGCAGUUGGGCCAGACUCGUGUUAUGGGCAUUGUAACAGCUAAAUUUGUUCAGCCUUAUCGAGACAGGCCUAAUGAAGGAACUCUUGCAAUCUACCCAGAAUUUUCGCCUAUGGCUGAUCCCUCAUUUGAGGCAGGCCGUUCUGGAGAAUCUGCUGUUGAGUUGGGACGGAUAAUAGAUCGUGGUCUAAGAGAAAGUAGGGCUGUAGAUACUGAAUCACUUUGUAUUGUUGCUGGCAAGUUAGUGUGGGCCAUCCGUAUUGAUAUCCUCAUCCUAGAUAACGGGGGUAACCUAGUUGAUGCAGCUAAUAUUGCUGCUUUGGCUGCUCUUAUGACCUUUCGGAGACCUGAAUGCUCACUAGGAGGAGAAGAUGGUCAGGAAGUAAUAAUACAUCCACCUGAGAUGAGAGAUCCACUUCCUUUGAUAGUGCAUCAUCUUCCUAUAGCGAUUACUUUUGGAUUUUUUAUUGAUGAGAAUGUUGUGGUGAUAGAUCCCAUCCUCAAUGAGGAGGCUGUUAUGGCUGGAAGAAUGAUUGCUACCGUUAAUGCAAAUGGUGAUAUUUGUGCGAUUCAAAAAGCUGGAGAAGGUGUCAGUCAAAGAGUUAUCAUACAAUGUUUGCAACUUGCUAUUACAAAAGCUGCAGAUAUAACAAAACAGAUAAAAGCAGCAGUUGAAGCAUACAACUCAGAAAGAGCUCUACAAAAGAUCAAGCGUGAAACUACUUGUGUUGGUAAUAAUGUAAAAGGGGACCAAAACCAAACUCUUGAUAAUAAGGGCAUUAGUGAGUUGGUGGGUAAAUAUAUGGAGAGGUUAAAACUCAUAUCAGUUGAAAGCUAUGCAAGUCAAAAUAUUAAUGCUGAGGAAACUAAAUCAUUGAGAAGAGGGACGGACAGCAAUUGUAUCAAAUUUAACAGCACCCCCUUGAGUUGGGAUCCCUACUCAAAGUGUGUUGAUCUGGAAUUUCUGAAAGCUUCAGUCGCUUCGCAAGGUUUGUCAACUGCAAGUGAGGAAAAGGAGGCAACUGGCAAGGAAAAGGGUAGUGAAGCUGAAAGUGCAGGCCCUUAUGAAGACGUUAAUUCAAAGUGGUCAGCUGUUGAUGCAUCUACAACUGAAAUGCACGUCAUAGGGCCGAAAACAUUGAAAGAUGCUGUAAAACCUAAGAACAAGAGGAAAAAGAAGGCUUCCUCCAUGAUUUAAGUUCAUAUAUAUUAUUUUUACAUUUUUAUCUUUUAA